UAAUCGCCACGAAGUAGCGAAAAUGCUACGUCAGCUCUACACCAGGACCUAUCCGCAGCAGCUGCCCAGGAUUUCCACUUCCUCACUAAACCCUCCGUCUUUAUCUUUUUCUUUUCCUCCACGACAUAAUCCCCCCAUAAAUACCAUUGCCGUCUUCUUCCUUCAUCAUCUCACAGCUCCCACGAUGAACACCGACCCCAAAGGCACUGUCGUCUUCUCCACUGUUGGCAGACCCAACUAUGGCUUCGACAUUUUCGCCCUCCCCAUCCUCCUCCACCCCUCCUCCACCAAUAUCGGCCCUGAGCGCCGCCUCUCCGACGGCCGUUCCAUCAACUUCAAUGCCCAAUUCGCUGACAACAACCACGAACCCCACUCCCUCGUCUUCAUCUCCGAGCGAACCGGGUUUCCCGCCAUUUACUUAACCCGACCUGGACUCCCCCAUCCCCAGCUCUUGCACUCCGAACCCGGAUCCCUCUUCCACGACCGACCCAUCAUAAAAAAUCACACCCUCUACUUCGUUUCAGCUCACCAGGAUCCCGGUCGAUACUUCAAAUCCUGGUCUGCUCUCUACUCCUCCACACUCCAUGACAAAAUCACAACCCGAUUGACUCCCUCUGACUCCGUCGAUUACAGUCCCGCCCUCUCUCUCUCCGGAAAAUUCGUCGCCGUCGCCUCGUACGGAUCUCGUCCAUGGGGCGGUGAGUUUCACGAGCUCAACACCGAUAUCGUCGUAUUCGAAGCAUCGCGACCCAGCAAGCGCUUACUCGUCUGCGAGCGCGGUGGCUGGCCCACCUGGUCCGGCGACUCCGUCAUAUAUUUUCACCGCCAACAUGACGACGGCUGGUGGAGCAUUUUCCGGGUCGAUUUCCAUUUUCCUAAAGAUCUGGAGUCCUCUUCUGGGUUCCCGAUCACUCCCACUCGAGUCACUCCAUCGGGGCUCCACUGCUUCACUCCGGCAGCUCUCCACGACGGUAAACGAAUCGCCGUCGCGACUCGCCGGCCUGGUAAGAAUUUCCGACACGUUGAGCUUUUUGAUGUCGAAUCCAAGACGUUUCAGCCGAUGACAGAGAUCCUGAACCCGAAUUUCCACCAUUACAACCCGUUUGUUUCGCCCGAUUCAGAGCUCCUCGGGUAUCACCGAUUCCGGGGUGAUUCGACUCAGUGGGGCGAGUCCGAUUCCACGAUUCCUUAUAUCGAGCGAGUGUCGUCGCCUUUUGAACAACUCCAGAUGCUGAGGAUUCAGGGUUCGUUCCCAAUCUUCUCUCCGAGCGGCGAUCUGAUCGCGUAUAAUCAGGAUUUGGAUGAGAACAGCGGAAUCAAGGUCAUCAAAUCGGACGGCUCAAAGCGCUGGAAUUUGAUCAAGGGCCGGGCAGCCUUCUACAACGCCUGGAGCCCAACCGAGAAGCACGUCAUCUACACCUCGGUGGGCCCAAUAUUCCAGUCGGCCAAAACAACUGUCCAGAUUGCACGAGUCGAAUUUCACCCAUCAGAUCUCGACGGCGAUAAAGAGGACGUCCCGUGCAAUGUAAAGAUGUUAACUAAGGAAGAAACGGGGAAUAACGCUUUCCCUUCGUGCUCUCCAGACGGCAUGUCGUUGGUAUUCCGCUCCGGUCGGACAGGGCACAAGAACCUCUACAUUAUUGACGCCGUUGACGGCGAGUUUAACGACAGUGUGCGUCAAUUAACUGAGGGCCCCUGUAUCGAUACCAUGCCAAGUUGGUCACCAAAAGGUGACCUCAUUGUUUUCUCUUCGAACAGACACAAUCCGGAUGACGCAGCCGUGUUCGGCAUUUACGUCGUCAAACCGGAUGGUACCGACUUGAGGAGGAUCCCGGUGGCGGGAAAUGAGUCGCACAGGGAGAGGAUCAACCACGUGUGCUUCAGCAAGGACGGGGAGUGGCUUCUGUUCACGGCGAACUUGAGUGGCGUGACGGCUGAGCCGGUGUCGUUGCCGAAUCAGUUUCAGCCGUACGGGGAAUUGUACGUGGUGAGAUUGGAUGGGAGUGGGUUGAGGAGGCUGACGUGGAAUGGGUACGAAAAUGGGACGCCAGCGUGGCACGAGGGUGGUGAUGAGCUGGACAUGGGGGGCUUGCGGUUGGGAAAUGAAGUUGGAGGAGAUGAGCUCAAGGGUCGGUUUGAGGAACCUCUCUGGAUUUCUUGCGACUUCUAGAAAUAUAAAAGGAGGGAGGGUUUUGUUAAUAAAUAAUUGUUUUUAUAAAAGAAUAAAUUUAUGCUUUAAUAAAAAAAGAGAUGCAAGUUAUGAA